CCUGGUUCACCACGUGAGGACCAAUCAUAAAUAAGCGGUGAUGAGUUUCACCUAGCAUUGUUGAGAAGAAAAUUGACUGAAGAAACAUUAAAAAUGAGUGAGGGAGACAACAGUAGACCAACAGAAAAUGGUUUCACCCGCCCAAUGGCUGAGAAUGUAGAUGAUAUAACUUGGAUAAAUAAAAUGAACUCACAAAUUGGCUAUCAGAAGAUAAAGUCACAAGCUCAGCAACUGAAGCAGGACCUGCAGCAGGCUUUUACACAGGAACUAGACAGUCUGGUGGACGGGUUUAUAGAAGAGGUGGAGUUAAUGGAGGGAAAGGAGGGGCUCUCUAACAACGUCAGCUUCUCAGAUCUCCGCCCGAGUGUGUCAGACUCUAGGCAUGAAAAUGUAAUCAAAAAGAAACGUGAAGGAGGGGAACUUCCAGACAAAGAAUUUAUGCCCAGGAAUUCAGUGUUAACAGAUUUGUUCCGGAUAAAAGAUGUGAAGACCAUUUACCAUAUCUUCGUAGCCAUUCUGAUUGUGUUCAGUCUCAAUACUCUUGUGUAUGAUCUCAUUAAUGAAGGGAGGUUAAAUCUCAGCUUUGACCUGAUCCAGUAUGGGAUGGGGAAAUUCUCUAAAGUGAUGGAGCUCUGGGUCACCAUGACCCUGUCAACCUUUCUGGUGGUCUACCCAGGGUUCUACUACUGGUCAAUGCACAGAACACCAGGCAGAGUGGGUGGGUACGACAUAGCAGCUGGCUGUAUCUAUAUUCUGUAUCAACUAGUAUUUCUUCUGUGGCCCAUUAAGUACAUCACUGACAAUUCCUUACCUCCAGGUUCCAGCAUCAUAGUCACAGCGGAGCAGAUCCGAUUAAUGAUGAAAGUCCAUGCUUUUGUUAGAGAAAAUGCCGCAAAAGUAUUAGCGUACAAGAAAGAUGAUAAUUCUGAGGAUCAUGUUUGCCCCGAUUUCUCCAAGUAUCUGUAUUUCUUGUUCAUCCCAACCCUUGUCUACAGAGACUCUUAUCCAAGGACACAGAAGAUUCGCUGGAGUUACGUGGUCAGUAAUUUAGGACAGGUGCUUGCCUGUUUGUUCUACACGUACUACAUCUUUGAGAGAUUUCUCGUGCCUGUCUUCCGUAACUUUGGUCGUGAGCACAUUACAGCCAAGGCUCUGAUUUUGUCUGUGUUUGGCUCCAUGUUGCCUGCUACGCUAGUCUUAGUUCUGGGCUUCUUUGCUAUCUUGCAUUCCUGGUUUAAUGCCUUUGCAGAAAUGAUGACUUUUGCAGACAGAAUGUUUUACAAGGAUUGGUGGAACUCCACAUCCUUUGCUAGCUACUACAGGACUUGGAAUAUUGUUGUACAUGACUGGCUGUAUACUUACAUUUACAAGGAUGCAUUCAAGCUUUUCCCCAACAAUCGUUCCCUGGCCAUGGCGUUUGUGUUUCUGAUCUCGGCUGUGGCUCACGAGUACGUGCUGAUCAUGUGCUUCAAGUUCUUCUAUCCUGUUUUGUUCGUCAUGUUCAUGGGAGCUGGGUUUGGGUUCAUCUUCUUUAAGGGAGUGGGUAGGGGCUGGAAUGUGUUUCUGUGGCUGAUGUUGAUAAUGGGGAACGGAACGUUGAUGUGUCUGUACAGUCUGGAGUGGUACGCGCGACAGAGGUGUCCAGAAAAUACGAAUAACUUUUUGGAUUAUCUCAUUCCUCGAUCAUGGACCUGUGACUUUGAAGCCAUGGAAAACUGAACAGCUUUUCUUCUUUUCCAUAUAUGUGCAAUAUUGUUUAUAUUUUAUGAGGUAUACUUCAGAAUACAACAUUAUUAUUAUUUUUUUGGAAAUAAUUGAUGUACAUUAUACAUGUAUGCCGGAAAAUUACACAGAAGUCUUAAAGCAUCUGUUCAAUGGACUAUUCAUGCAUGUAUAUUUGUAUAUUAGCUCAGGUUGAUAGCAUAAUAUCCAUUUUCUACAUAUAUGUGUUUUCCUUACCCUUCAAAUGUACAUCUGUAAAAAAAAAAUGAUGAUUUUGUUUAAUAUUAAUUUGUCAGAUUUUUUUUUCU